CGCAAAACUCACAGAUUCAUCUUCGCUCGCGAAACAAGCGGUUGCAUUGCACGCAGUAGCAGCAACAUUGGAAAAAGUGUCGUCGAACAGUGCAAGAAUCUUUCGGUGGUUCAAGCGGAAAGGGAAUAGCAAUCGAAUCAUUUGUGAAUAUUUGGUGCGGAUUGUGGAAGAGUACUCGGUACUCGACUGGAAAAAAUAGUGGUGCGCUUACACUGCUCCAGACGCAUAGUGAUUCCGAGUGUUUGCUGCCGAAAAGUCAUAAAAAAUUUUUCAGCCGAUUGAUAUCGAGCAGGAUCCGUUGACGGUGUAAUUGACGCAAAGAAAAACGAAACCCCGAAUCUGGCGCAGGGUGCGAAAACGGGAGUGGAGAUGAGUGAUUGAUCCCAGGCAACGCCUGACUGGAACAGAUCAUUCUCCGUGUUUUAUGCCGGAGCUUGACACGGGGGGAGAUUGUGCGGUGUUUGCUGAAUGAAAUAGGCUGAUUGCAUUCCGCUAGCCAGAUCAAAGCUGUUUUUCAAAUCACUAUCCGCACUUGUUGCUAGCUCUGUGCGGACGUAACAUCUUUACGACCGCCUCGAUUCGUUAUCCAACGGAGCGCUGCUACUUUUUCGAGGCGCGUUAUCUUCUUCGGCUGUUUGUGGAGGCGCCUCACAAUGGACCGAUGAUGACGAUGAUGAUGAUGCACCGAUGAGGAGAUAGACUGUGAGAGUGUGAGUCAGCUGUUGUGGCUGCUGGAUGUUGGAUCGAGCGAAGAAGAGAAUCUAAUCGUCAAAUACAUUCUGCGAAAAUUAAUUUAUGGGACGGACAGCUCAUUCGCGCCCGCUAGCGAAUGUAAUGUGCUUUGUUUGUUUUGUCUUAAAACCGUGGUGGUGGCGAUAAGCAAGGGAUAUUGUUACUCACAAGUGUUCAUUGUAGAGCGAUUCUUAGCUAGCUGCAAGUCUAGUGGUCCGUUUCAUUCGUUCCGGAGCGGAGAGCACGAUAUUAUUACCUCAGUUAUACUCAAACUACGCAAGGAAAAUAAAUACUAGCUGAUAAAAGAGUGCGCUGGUAGUAAUCGAAAACUAGGGAAUACGUCUAGCGUUAUUUCAGUUGUUAAUUUUUGACAGCCGGUAGGAAUUGAGCAGGGCGGACAAAAUGUCGAAAAAACCUACGGCGGGACCGGCACUGCAUAAGGUCAUCAUGGUUGGCAGUGGUGGCGUCGGCAAGUCAGCACUCACACUACAGUUCAUGUACGACGAGUUCGUGGAAGACUAUGAGCCGACGAAGGCGGACAGUUAUCGGAAAAAGGUUGUCCUGGACGGCGAGGAAGUACAGAUCGAUAUCCUGGACACGGCGGGCCAGGAGGACUACGCGGCGAUUCGCGAUAAUUAUUUCCGCAGCGGUGAAGGGUUCCUGUGCGUGUUUUCGAUCACCGAAGACGACAGCUUUCAGGCGACACAAGAGUUUCGGGAGCAAAUCUUGCGUGUCAAAAACGAUGAAAAUAUCCCAUUCCUGCUGGUCGGCAACAAGUGCGACCUGAACGACAAGCGGAAAGUGUCGCUGGCGGAGUGUCAGAACCGUGCGCAACAGUGGGGUGUGCCAUACGUCGAAACGUCGGCGAAAACGCGUGAAAACGUCGAUAAGGUGUUCUUCGAUUUGAUGCGUGAGAUACGCUCGCGGAAAACGGAAGACUUGAAGACGACCAAUGGUCGCGCCAAAGACAAGUCGAAACGGAGGAAACUCAAGUGCACGCUUAUAUAGAGAAGCCAACGCGGUGCGUGAUAAAGAAAACAAACAAAUGCUAAUGUUGCUAAAAACGAACAACAAUGAUAGCGGAAGAGCAAGCAAGAACAAACACAUCCUCACACCUACACACGUACACCUAAAUACAUACACAUCUGCUAACAUUUCCUGUUUUAUUAUUAUUAUUAUUAUCAUUAUUAUUAGUUUUAAGUUUCGGCUGUAUUCAUUACCAAGUGACCAAUUUUUGGUUCUAGCAUACCAGCAACUAGAGGAAGUAGGAUGUAACGGGAAAAUCAACGGUUUUGAAGCGAAGGGAUAAAUGCUAAUAGUUUGUGAGAAAUAAUUCUAAGAAUGAAAGAGUAUUCAUUCAUAAAACGCGCGAAAGGAAUACAAAUAGAAUAAAAAGCAUUUAAGUUAAGCUGAAACCACUAGUGUUUUUUAUUGCUUUGGUUGUGUUUUUAUCAUCUUCUCUUCACCGUGUAUUGUUUGCGCUUUCGCAGCUAACCAGACGAACGUUGGAACUUACCGCUCGCUGCCGCACAAAGAGCUUUGCGUGUUGAGAGAUCUUAUGCCACCAUGUCAUCUGCUACUGUGCACGCAUUGCGUACCACCGUGUGUUCGUCAAUUAUGUUGCAUACCCCUCCAUAACUUUAUUAUUUACCAUCAUUUCUCUUUUAUAUAUAUUUUUUCGGUACCGCACUAUUUCGUUACGCAAUACCCGGAGCUAGAUUUUUUACGACCUCAUUCGGGAUAUUUCGAACCGUAAGAAGAAAAACCAAGGAGGCGUACAGCCGCUGAAACGGGAGCCGCGUUCAUGCUGUCAGCUACUAUGAAAAAAAGAAAAACGCUUUUCCGCAAUUCUCAAAGGAUUCAUUUUAAUCACUAAACGAACCAGUCACCCAUCGGGCGGAAUGGUGUUCUCUGAGAUGUCCCAAAAAUAUAUUACAGUAAGCAAUUGAAGAGUAAAAACAGCAGCAGUACAAAUGCUUUGCUUAUGGUGCAUGCUUGCGUUUCGUUUUUUACGCAAACACAAAUCAUCGUAUAGAAUUUAUGUAUAGCCCUCUAGCUUGGGCCAGAACAAAACUAAACAAAAAAAAAAGAACAAAGGCCAGAUCAGUUGUCAAACUACCAUUACUGGAAAAAUAAACAUAUUCAGGAGCAGCAGUGAUAGGGAGAAGUUAAGUUAUCAAAAAGUAUUUUACAAACGAUAUUAUGUGUCGGCGGGCGUGUAAGAGGUGUAAGAGUUGCGAAUUGAAGAGAAGGUUCAAACUGUGGUGAUGAGAUGUGUACUAACACAAACCAAAAGCAACUGACGAAAACAAGCUGGACAGUAACAAUCUCCAACAAAUGAAUCAAGACUUCAAACAAGAAAAAAGGAAAGGAAUUAUAA